UGAGAGAUGUCCAUCACUGUUGUCAGAGAUAAGGGGGUGACUGUGGUCACCGUGGCGACUGACGAGAAGAGCAUGUUACCACCGCUGUGUCAGAUCACGAAGUCUCUCUGCUACAGUCCGAUGUGCUGCUCAGUGAACAAGGCGCUGAUGCAGACCAGUACAGUCUCAGCUCUCGGGACCAUAUCGAUCAUUGUGGGCCUCUUAAAUCUUGUACUCGGGCGAACAAGCCAACGUCCUGGUGAUUUUUCCAGCAUGGGAGCUGCUUACUGGCUGGGUGGUGUGUUUGUCCUGGCUGGAAUCAUGUCCCUUCUUGCUGAUCAGUUGCCCGCUAUCUUCUUGGUGGUCCUUGCGGUGUUGGUGAACAUAAUCGGAUCGGCCUUUGCCAUUUUUGGCAUUGUGGUCUAUGCCCUGGACAUGGCAAACACCACUGUUGACAGGCUGUGUGGCUGGUUCUACCGGUAUGCUGCUGUUAACAUACCUAGUCAAGACAACUGCCCAUAUGUGGCGCACCAUUUCCGGUGUUUGGUGGUGGCCAUAGAUGCUUCUAUGAUCUUCCUGACUGUUCUCCAGCUGCUUGCCUGCAUCAACGUCACUGUUUUGGGCAUCAGGACUCUGUUUUACCUGAGGGAGGAAGAGGGCGGCAGAGCUGAUGAGCCAGACCAGCCACUGCUGAAGGAAGUCCUCAUGACCAGUCCUGGUGCUUAAAAGCAAUUCAUCAUUCAUCUAAACAUGAAAAUACUGGAGUACGAUCAGCAACGCAUCAUCACAAUCCUAUAGCACACAUACAUCUGGCCGACGUCGGCCUGAGGACUACACAUCGGCCCUGAAUUUAUAACGUCUGACAAGCGUCGGCCGCAUGGGCGGAUAUCUUUAAAUUUAAUACUCUUUUGUCCCAGCUCAUCAAACGUCUCUGUUACGUCAGCUUUAGGUCGGCCCAGUGCCGUAGAAUGUCUGCCCACAUACGGAAGUCGCCACAGAGGCAGAAUUUCAUCUCUGUGGUGUUUGUUUGGAACUGAGCUCGCAGGACACAGCAUCUCAUCGCAGUUGGUUUCAGUUGACGUUAUCUGCUCAUCUGGUUAUCGUGAGCACUCGUUUUGGGUUAAAGUGGAAGUGCCCGGAGCUGCCACCCGUGGUCCCGCGGCCCCCCGGCCUGCCCUCCGGGGCCCUGGACGUGUGCUCAAGUGUCUGGGAGAGGAGCGGAGAGGAGCACGGAGGUCAGGCGGGGCGGGCCGACACUGUGUAUCCCAGAACGGGUGCUGAAGUGUCGGUGAGACCAGCAGAGAGGAGCGCGGAGGUGAAAUAGUGAAGUUUAAGGAUGCCUUCAGUAUGUUGUUAAUGUGAUUUUAUGGGCAAUUUAUCAGUCGAGGUCUCCUCCUCUGCAAAGCAAACUGACCCGGUGGCUACAGGUAAUAGCGCAGUUUUGAAGCCACUGUUUUUCCGAGAUGAAGGACUGAUUGUUGAGCUGCUGUUAACAGUUAACGGAGUUAACGGAUCCCGUGUUUUAACCGUUUCAACACUAAAUUAAGCAGAGUGACGGACACAAAGCCUUAAAUCUGGCUAAAAGACAGCUGAAAUGCUAAAAAAAAAAAUACAGUGGUGAAGUUGGGAUUUGUUUCUUGAAGUUAUGUGCUCAUCUUUUCUGUGUCUUGCAGGCUGCCAGGAGAAGCGGACUGGCCGUCAGAUAUUGUUUGUGGAAAUUUGAAAAUAAAGUUUGUCAAAUUGA